AUUAAUUUUUAUAUCAAGACAUUGGGUUACCACUAACCAACUACUCACUACUGUACUUCCCCAAUUCCAUCCACUGAUCCCAUACUCCAUACUCCACCAUACUCUAUUCCCCCUCAUCAACCUUUCCUCUACAACUCCAUUCCAACCCCAACAAUUAAUCAAUUCAAUCAGAAAUAAUUGCAAACAAACAAACAACAUCAAAUACAGGAGAAGAAAGAAGAAGAAUAAGAAGAAGACAAAAUGUCCUACCAGAUCGCCUCCUCCCCCGCCCUCUCCCCAGCCACCAGCGCCUCCAUGAUCGCCUUCCUGGAAAACUUCUACCGCACCAGCGACACGGAGAACUUGCAUGAGACGUACGUGGAUAGUUUCACGGACGAUGCGACCCUGAUCAUGGGGUCGAAGGUCGCGAGGGGGAAGGAUGAAAUCCUCCCCCUCCGUCACGGCCUCUGGACACACGUCCUAUCGCGCAAACACUUCCCGGAGCGGGUCUAUUUCGGCGCGGACCGGGAACUCAUGCUCCACGGCACAGUGCGCUACGUUCUCAAGGCGGACCCGGACACCGAGGUCGAGGUCCCCUGGGCGGGCAGGGUGGUGUUCGAUGAGAAGGUCGAGAAGAUGCGGUUUUAUCAGGUUUAUUUGGAUCCGUCGGCGCAGUCGGGGAGGAAGUAAAUGAAUUAAUUCUUUUUAGGUUUGUAUGAAGGGG